CCCCAUCUGUCACUUCCGGUGUUUGUUGACGGAAGUCAGUAAGUGGAGCGCCCAGACCUGCAGCGGAACUGUUGGGACAUCACAGAAAGUAAAAUUGUCUAGUCUUAUAAUUGACUUUCGUCGAACAUGGCUUACCAAUUGUAUAGGAAUACCACAUUAGGAAACAGUCUUCAGGAGAGUUUGGAUGAGCUAAUACAGUCUCAACAGAUUAACCCUCAGCUUGCUCUUCAAGUACUUUUGCAGUUUGACAAAGCUAUUAAUUCUGCAUUGGCCCAGCGAGUCAGGAACAGAGUCAACUUCAGGGGUUCAUUAAAUACAUACCGAUUUUGUGAUAAUGUCUGGACGUUCGUGUUGAAUGAUGUGGAGUUCAGAGAAGUGACUGACUUGGUGAAGGUGGAUAAAGUAAAAAUUGUAGCCUGUGAUGGAAAAAAUACUGGUUCAAACACUGCUGAGUGAACAAAACAAGACUUUUUUUAUUUAUGGUUCCUGAUGGUCUGCGGCCUUUCACACAAAUUCAUGGACACGACUGUUUAUUUCACUGAUACAUCUGGGGAAAGUUACAUAUGAGAUUUUGGUAGUUGAUCUCCCACUCACAUUCUAGUACACAGAAAGUUACUAUAAAAACUUUUUUUAAUGCAAGUAUGGAGUUGCCUUUUUUGUUUUUGAAAUAUGUUUAAUAAGCUUUUAUUUAAUAAACAUGCUAUAAAAAUAA